GAAAGGAUUUCCUGCAGCUGGGUUGUAGUUGUCUCUUGACACCAAGACAUGAAAAUGUGUUGGCCUGUGCGUUUCUGACAGGCGGAGCAGCUGGCGAAAUAAACCCUGGAAAACAGUAGCACUGUACGAAUUGGCGGGUUCGAUCCUGCUGGCGUGUACAGCCAAAGAGGGAGCGCUAACUUACAAUGCUGUGCUGGGGAAAUGCUUCCUACGGACAGCUAGGCUUGGGUGGGAUUGAUGAGGAGAUAGUGGUUGAGCCACGCAAAUGUGAUUUCUUUCUUGGCAAAAGAGUGUGUGACGUGGGGUGUGGCCGCAAAAACACAGCCUUCCUGCUGGAGGAUGGGACAGUGUACACCUGUGGCUGCAACGACUUGGGACAACUGGGACACGAGAAGUCCAGGAAGAAACCAGAACAGGUUGUGGCCCUGGAUGCACAGAUCAUAGUGGCUCUGUCAUGCGGAGAGUCCCACACCCUGGCCGUUAAUGACAAAGGGCAGGUUUUCUCAUGGGGUCUGGGCUCUGAUGGUCAGCUAGGCCUAAAUAACUUUGAAGAAUGCAUUCGUGUGCCUAGAAACAUAAAGACUUUGUCAGAUGUACAAAUCACUCAGGUAGCCUGCGGGUAUUGGCACUGCCAUGCACUUUCAAAAGGAGGCCAAGUGUUCUCCUGGGGCCAAAAUCGGUAUGGACAACUUGGGCUUGGAACGAGUGGAAAGAGCACUGCUACACCCCAAGUCAUUCAGUCUCUUCAGGGCAUUCCUUUUGCUCAGAUAUCAGCCGGCGGUGCUCACAGCUUUGCUCUCACUCUCUCAGGAGCAGUAUUUGGUUGGGGGCGCAACAAGUUUGGUCAGCUGGGACUCAAUGACACUAAUGAUCGGCAUUUUCCUACUCUGCUCAAGUCUCUUAGAUCACAAAGAGUGAUUUACGUCUCCUGUGGAGAAGAUCACACGGCAGCACUGACCAAGGAGGGAGGUGUUUUCACAUUUGGAGCAGGAGGAUAUGGCCAACUGGGACAUAACUCUACAAACCAUGAAAUCAAUCCUAGGAAAGUGUUUGAGCUCAUGGGAAAUGUAGUCACGCAGAUUGCCUGUGGAAGGCAGCACACGUUGGCUUUCACACCCUCCUCUGGGAAGAUGGACUCAUUUGGACUCGGUGGUAAUGGGCAGCUUGGUACACGUUCCACUUCUAACAGGAAAAGCCCUGCCCCUGUUAAGGGCCCGUGGGUGGCAUACACCGCUUCAACAGAUGCAGACCUGGAGGGUUGUUAUGUCAAAAGGAUUUAUGCUGGAGGAGAUCAGAGCUUUGCUCACUAUUCCACUGCUAAUCAGAACCCCGAUGACCUAGAUGACGUGAAGUUAGAAGAUUCCCACAGAAAGAUUUGCGUCUUGAAUGAGGACCUUAUACAAAGAUGGUUGAACCACACACCAGGAAGACUUCCAAUAGAAUUCUCCAAUGAGAUCAACACCGUGUUCUCCUCAGCAAGUUGCCUGAAUGGAUCGUUUCUGUCAAUGAGUAAUCCAGAUCACUACAGUACCAGCGGGAAAUGUUCAGGUGUGGAUAUGAACAUGGCUCGCAUCCUGUUUCACAGAGUGGUACAACAAGAUCACCCUGAGAUUGCUCAGCAGAUUGCUGCCAGUCUGGAGAAGAACUUGAUUCCAAGGCUGAGCAGCUCUCCUCCAGACAUUGAAGCCCUAAGACUCUACCUCACUCUUCCAGAAUGUCCACUCUUCAGUGACCGAAAUAAUUUUGUAACUAUUGCUAUUCCUUUUGCCAAAUCCGUCAUCAGCCUGAAAGAAGCACCACUGAAAGUUCUAGGAAACUGGUGGUCUACAAUUGAGCCCUCCGCCUUUCAGCGGCUCGUUGAGUUGUACAAAGACGUGGUGGUGUAUUUGCUUCAGAUGCACAAGGUGGGAAUUCCUUCAGUUGAGCAGAGAAUUUUCAACUGCUUCCUGGACACGUGCUUCAGACUCCUGGAGAUGCUGCACACAGUCAGCGAACGGGCAGGGCACAUCAUCCAGUACGAUAAAUUCUACAUCCAUGAGUUGGAUGACCUGAUAGAUAUCAGAAAUGAUUACGUCACAUGGAUUCAGAGGCAGAUGUAUCCAAUGGGUCAUGAUGGUGUGGUGACUCUGUGCAGGUAUCCCUUUGUUUUUGAUGCCCAAGCAAAGACCACACUGCUUCAAACUGAUGCCGUCAUACAGAUGCAGAUGGCAGUAGACCAGGCACAGAUGCAGAACUUCAGCUCCAUGUUCCUGCCAACAGUGGAGUCUGUGAACCCCUGUCUCAUCCUCAUUGUCCGGAGAGAAAAUAUCGUUGGAGACACCAUGGAAGUCCUCAGGAAGUCCAAGAAUGUUGACUAUAAGAAACCACUCAAGGUCAUUUUUGUGGGGGAAGAGGCAGUUGAUGCAGGAGGUGUGAGAAAAGAAUUCUUCCUCCUGAUUAUGAAAGAGCUGCUAGACCCUAAAUAUGGGAUGUUCCGAUACUACGAGGACUCGAGGCUCAUCUGGUUUUCACACAAGACGUUUGAGGACAUAGAUUUGUUCAACCUCAUCGGGGUCAUCUGUGGCCUAGCCAUCUACAAUCUCACUAUAGUGGAGCUCAACUUCCCCGUGGCCCUUUACAAGAAGCUUCUGAAGAAGAAGCCGACUCUAGACGACCUGAAAGAGCUAAUGCCAGAUGUAGGAAGGAGUCUGCAGCACUUACUGGACUAUACAGAAGAUGACCUAGAGGAAACCUUCUGCUUGAACUUUACAAUCACAGAGGAAAAUUAUGGUGCCACAGAGGUCUUGGAAUUGGUACCGAACGGUGAAGACAUCAAUGUUAAUAAAUCAAACAGGCAGGACUUUGUCGGUGCCUACGUAGACUACGUCUUCAACAAAUCCGUGGCCCCUCUGUUUGAGUGCUUCUAUGCAGGCUUCCACAAAGUGUGUGGCGGAAAAGUUCUGGAGCUGUUCCAGCCGAAUGAACUUCAAGCCAUGGUCAUUGGCAAUACCAACUACGACUGGAUGGAGCUGGAAAAGAGUACUGAAUACAAAGGGGAGUACUGGAAUGACCAUCCCACCAUUAGGCUCUUCUGGAAGGUGUUUCAUGAGCUUUCUUUAGAGAAGAAGAAACAGUUUCUCUUGUUCCUCACAGGAAGUGACCGCAUACCCAUCUUGGGCAUGAAAAGCCUAAAACUGGUGAUCCAGCCCACUGGUGGAGGAGAGCACUAUUUACCUGUUGCCCACACCUGCUUCAAUUUGCUGGACUUGCCCAAGUACACGAGUAUAGAAACCCUCCGUGAGAAGCUUCUACAUGCCAUAGAUCACAAUCAAGGCUUUAAUCUUGCUUGACUGGUACACAUGAAUGCCUAGAACUUCAUAUCUACACUGUUAAUGGGAACUGCAUUCUGAAAUCUGCUGUAUAAACUGGUUUAAGAAGAAGAGCAGCCCACGCAUCACCACAUUUCUUCGGGUUUCUGGCUUUUUUUUCCCAUGCCAUAAUAUUUGAUGUCAUGUUACUGUUAAAGCUCUUUGACAUUUGAUAUUGCUCUUGUAGAUAUGCUUUAACAAGUAUGAUGAAGCAAACUACAGUACAGGGCACACAUACAACAAACAGUUGUAAAUUAAUGCAAUGCGUUGCAACUACCUUGCUGGAGUGUAUAAUGUAACAAGGGAUGUGUAUGUUUGAAUUGCCAAACAAAUUUAUCAAAGGCAAUGUAGAUGAGGUUCCUGUGUGGCUACUGCAGUGAUUCACUGUAUUCUGCUGACGUUAAUGAUGUUGCUUCCACCUCCAGAGAAUGUAAGAUAAAAUGUUCACGUUCAGUUCUGCUGUGACUUUUAGAUUGAGAGAUGUGUGAAAUAUUUGCCUUAUAAUAGGCCUGGCUGUACACCUUCAACAGUCCACAUGGAAAGACCAAGUCCAGCCACUGAAAUAAACAAGUAUCAAAUAAGUGAAACUGGAGAUUAAAUACGAUCCAUUAAAGGUUUUAUAUCUCCUCUG